UUCGCAUUUAGCUAACAAUAUUUCUUCCCAAAUUGAGUUAUCAUGACUAUACCUUUCAAUAUCAGAAAUUCUUUUCAACUGAGAGAUUUUCACAAGGACUAAAUUUUCAAAAUGGGCUACCAAAAAGUAUGGGCUUGAACAACUACUAAAGCCCACUUGAUAACCCAAAUCACUAGCCCAAACUACACAUAGAACAAUCUCAAAAUUCUACACGUGGAGUAGAAAUAAUCCAUAACCAAUCUCUUCCUGAACCAAAAUUUUUUAAUCCAGGAACAAGAAAAGAAAUGCUAAAAUUAUUGUUAUCUUGUUGUAAGAUAUACAUAUCAGAAAGCAAAAACAAAGCAGCACUUAAAUCAAUUGAAAAAGCUGCUAAAUUAUUUCCAGAGUGUCCCAUCGUUAACAAGUUUGAAGAUGAGAUUUACAACAGAGUUGGUUACACACUUGUUUCCAAAUUUUCUACCAAUUUAAAGAAUGCAUCUUUUGCUAUGGUUAAAGUUGCAUUUGAGAAAAUUGAUUUUCAAGAACAUUGUGGGACUCAUCCUAGGCUUGGUGUUGUGGACCAUAUUUGUUUUCAUCCCUUGAGUGGAACUUCUUUGGAUUUGAUUGCUGAUACUGCUAAGUCUUUGGCAUUUGAAGUUGGUUCUAAUCUUCAAGUCCCAACCUUCCUAUAUGGAGCAGCGCAUCAAGAGGGAAGGUCGCUUGAUUCGAUCAGAAGGGAGUUGGGAUAUUUCCGUCCUAAUGCAAGUGAGAACCAGUGGAUAGGUGGGACAGAAUUGGAGACCCUGCAACUAAAGCCAGACGAGGGUCCUGCUCAAGCAACUCGAGGAAAAGGCAUCAUUACAAUUGGGGCUACCCGGUGGGUUGACAACUAUAACAUUCCAGUCUUCACCAAUGACAUAUCCAUUGUUCGUAAAAUUGCAAAGAGAGUCAGCGGAAGAGGAGGUGGACUUCCAUCAGUGCAGUCCAUGGCACUAACUCAUGGAGGUGGCACAAUUGAGGUUGCUUGUAACUUACUGGAACCAUCUAGGAUUGGUGGUGACCAAGUGCAGCCUGAAGUUGAGCGGCUUGCUAGGGAAGAGGGUAUUGCUGUCGGAAAGGGAUACUAUACUGAUCUCUCAGAAGAAAAAAUAAUCGAAAGUUACUUGAAACUAAUUCAACAUUCUGACUAGAGAAGUUGGAGGAAAAGAUAAUUUCCUACUCUCUUUUCGCGAAUUUUGACAAGGUUUCAGAAACCUCGGACAUUGAACUCCAGAGUUAAUCAGUAUUUGUUUGUGUGUAAAAUCCUGACUUUUUGCAUUUGGUUAUGGCUCACAAUAUGAUGCUCAUACUACAUUUCUUAAACAUUCUUAUUGUAUAUCCAAUUUUUGUAAUCCUAAUGCUCACUGUUUUAA